UUUUCACGCUCAGCUGUCUUGUCUGUCGUCUGCCUUUUCUCCGUCGUCGCGCUGCUUCAGUGGCCUGGUUUAAUUUUUCUUCCGAAGUUUAAUCACGAUUUAACUAAACUUCUCCCCCCUAAAGUCGCGUGCAGCGAUCGGCUGCAACAGUUUGUUUUCCGGUGUGUUCUCACGAAACGGGAAUCACGGACGAAAUGCCACAGAACGCGAGUGCUGGCCCUGGCCCUGGCGGGGCUGCUGCUGGAGGUGAAGGACAACCACUGGUGGCCAACAACGAUGGAAACGUAGCAGCCGAGCAACAAGCCCGACAGCCCAGUAGGGUGGAAUCGUUCUUUGCGAUCACGAAAUCGUUGAUCCUGCGGGCAAUGGUGAUUUAUUUCAUUUCGUACAUGUUCCGAAAACCGGCCCCGAGUGCGGAAGUCAACACCCAGUCGGGUGCCGUAGGACAGAGCAAGAUCACGGCGUGGAAUAUGUUCGAGAACGGGACCAUGUUCGACUUGCACGUGUACAUCUCGGAGGAUGCGAAGGAGGUGGACUUUAACGAUCCGAGCGCACUGGUUUGGCUGCAGGAGGAUCUAAUGUACGGCGAUUGGUAUGGUGGCCGGGAUGGCGAUGGGAUUUACACGGUGAGCACUCAGAUCAAGGCUUCCGAACGGCUGAUGAACAAUGGAUCGAUCUAUCUGCAUACGUACGUUACAAGAGCCGGAAAGAGUCCAAAUCCGGCGGCCGGAGAAGAUUACGCCGGGAAGUACAUGGGAUAUGCCACGGGAAUGCUGAGUAAGUACAAGAAGAUUAAGCGAGUCAAGACGCACAAUUUGCUUGCCGGGGAGAAAGAAAAGUUCGAAAAGGAGCUGGACAAUGCUCUGGUGGAGGACCGGAUAGUCGCUCACUGGCAUCCGAAUCUCACCAUCAAUCUGGUCACAGAUCAGACCAACUGGAUCAAAGGGUCAGUUCCUCCUCCUCUGGACGAAUAUGUCAAAUUCCUUCCCGGGGGUCAAACCUACCUUCCAAUCGUUUUCCACAAUGACUAUUGGAACAUGCUUCGAGAGUACAUGCCAAUCAAUGAGACCACCCCUGUUCUGCAGCUGAAUCUCUGCUAUCAGCCGCUGUCGCUUUUCAAGUGGCAACUUUAUGCAGCCCAAACUCACCGCAACAAGUGGACAAAUAACAUUUUCGGCGAGGCUUUGACUGGCGGCGUCGAAUCGGACGAAGACCAGGAUUCCCUCAAAGAGACCCUCCUGGAAACGAAUCCCUACCUUCUGGGGAUUACGAUCGCAGUUUCCAUUCUGCACAGUGUGUUCGAACUGCUCGCCUUCAAAAACGACAUCCAAUUUUGGAAAGACCGAAAAUCGCUGGAAGGUCUCUCGGUGCGAUCCGUUUUCUUCAACGUGUUCCAAUCGUUGAUCGUGCUGCUGUACGUAAUGGACAAUGAGACCAACUUCAUGAUCAAGAUCAGUUGCUUCGUCGGUCUCGGCAUCGAAGUGUGGAAGAUCCAGAAGGUGGUCAACAUCAACAUCAACAAGGACGACCUGAUGUUCGGUUUCCUUCCGCGGAUCUCUUUCUCCGACAAGGGAUCCUACGUGGAGUCCAGCACCCGCCAGUACGACAACAUGGCCUUCAAAUACCUGGGCUGGGCCUGCUUCCCGCUGCUGAUCGCGUACGGCAUCUACUCGGUGAUCUACCACGAGCACAAGGGCUGGUACUCGUUCGUCCUCAACAUGCUGUACGGAUAUCUGCUAACGUUUGGAUUCAUCAUGAUGACGCCGCAGUUGUUUAUCAACUACAAGCUCAAAUCGGUGGCCCAUCUGCCGUGGCGAAUGAUGACCUACAAGUUUUUGAAUACCUUCAUCGACGACAUCUUCGCGUUUGUGAUCAAAAUGCCUACCAUGUACCGGCUGGGAUGCUUCCGUGAUGGUAAGUAACAAUGCUGAUUGGAUUGUAUUCGAAAA